CAUGAUUUGCUGGCAAGGUAAACAAGGGUAAAAAUGGAUGCCGAGGUCUGCUAAAUUGGAAGGACCUAUUAUGUCGAUAAAAUGAUUUAUCCUUGACACUAUAACUGACUACAGUUGGAAGAGAAUGGCUAAACAGGUUGGAUUACUUCCAGCGGGCUGUCAACCCUGGAAUGUGGACGUAGUGGCCGCCAGUGGGGACAGAUUUGUUUACUGUGCCACACUAUGUGUCUAUAUUUAUCAGUUGGAUCGAAAGUUCCAAGAAUUUAGACUGGUUUCCAUCAUGUCAGAGCACAAGAAAACUAUAACAGCCAUAGCCUUUAACCCAAGGAACCCUGACCUCUUAGCAAGUGCAGGAGCUGAUAGAAAGGUUAUUAUAUGGAAUGUGGCUAAUCAAAAACUUGUUGCUAGAAUGGAUACAGCUGACACACCUAAAGCCAUUGGUUGGUGCUAUGACCAAUUAGAUACCUUGUCGUUUGCUGGUGGAAAAGGACCUGUUCAAAUGUGGAAAUUCCAGGAUGGACUGAUGAUAAAAACAUGUAGGGAAGCUUCAGGGUUUCCUUCAAAUAUUUUAUUGUUGAGAUGGCAUCCUAAGAAUACAGGGCGGCUAGCUGUUGGUCAUCAAAAUGGUGCAAUAUCUAUUUGUAAUGUAGGAGGUAAAAGUUACAAAAAUACAUUAGGACCUGAAGAUGAAGAUGAUUCUGAGGUGGAGGACCCAGUGUCAAGUCUACAGUGGGACCCUCUAUCUACAGACUACUUAAUAAUGUGUAAUGUCCGAGCUGGUGUACGACUGAUUGACACAGAGUCACAGUCAGUUAUCAUGAAGUUUACCCCACCUAGUGCUGCGUCUAGUAUUAGUGCUAUGUCUUGGAUAAAUAACGCUCCUGGGAUAUUUGUUACUGGCGAUGUAAGAAGUGGAAUUUUAAGAAUUUGGAAUGUUUCUAUGUCUAAACCAAUAGAAACUAUCAAGAUAAAAAAGACCGGUAUACAUGCUUUACAAGCCAUAACGACUAAAAUAAUGAAGUCUAAAGAUAGAGAAGGUCAUGUGUCAUCCACAAGUGCUGCAGAUUCUCCUGCUAUGGUCAAUCAGGCACAUUUCGCUGUACCUCCAGCACAAAUACUGUGUACGUUCCAUGAUGGGGGAGUAGGCUUGUAUGAUCUGGGACUAAAGAAGUGGAAAUUUUUACGAGAGGAGGGACACAUAGAAACCAUAUUUGAGUGUAUAUUUUGCCCUGAUGAUGUAGAUUUGUUAGCCACAGCCAGUUUUGACGGUACAGUUAAAGUAUGGAAUGUAACUAAUAUGGAGGCAGUAAAAACCUCCCCAGGUAAUGAAGGGGUGAUUUACUCUAUAUGCUGGGCCCCAGCUGAUUUGAAUUGUUUGGUAGCAGGUACUUCUAAGAAAGGAAUAUUUAUAUGGAAUUAUACCACCAACAGAAUCACACAAAGAUUCCAUGAGCAUGGAGAAAGUCCUGUUUUUGGUGUGGCUUGGAACCAGAGUGAUUCUAGAAGAAUUAUGUCUGUUGGACAAGAUACUUAUUGUAUCAUAAGAUUGGUAAAUGGUGAAGUUAUACAGAAAUACAGACAUCCAGAACCUGUGUUUGGCUGUGAUUGGAGUCCACAUAAUAAAGAUAUGUUAGUAACGGGAUGUGGAGAUAUGAAAGUUAGAGUAUACUAUAUACCUACAACAGCUGAUGCUCCUCUGAAAGUAUUUACUGGUCAUACAGCUAAAGUAUUUAAAGUAAAAUGGUGCCCACUAAGAGAAAGUAUUAUUUGUAGUGGUUCAGAUGAUGGGACAGUAAGAGUAUGGGAUUACACUCAAGGAGCUUGUAUUUGUGUAUUAAAUGGACACACUGCCCCUAUAAGAGGUCUUCUAUGGAACACAGAAAUACCAUAUUUAUUGAUAACUGGCAGCUGGGACUACUCGAUCAGAAUUUGGGAUCUACGAGAUGGAGCAUGUAUUGACACCAUUUUAGACCAUGGAGCUGAUGUUUAUGGUCUUACAAGUCAUCCAGACAGACCAUUUCUCAUAGCCUCUAGCUCUAGGGAUUCAACAGUCCGUCUUUGGAACAUCACACCGCUAGUACAACCAUUAGAGAUGAACAUCAUCGCUGGAAAACCUUGGUCGGAAAUCUUUGGAACAGUUGAAACAGCUAUGGUUCCUGGUCAAAAUCCAUUAAUGAUUGGAAGAGCUUCUAUUGAACGUAAAAUAAAACAAUUAGGACUGGCUGGUUUAAAAGAUGUCAGACCUGAAACUCUCAAAGUAUUUUCAAAGUUUUUUAGUCAACCAGCAGGUAGCAAUAAUUUAUGGGACUUGGUGUCUGUAGUCCAGGGUAUGGAUGAUGCAUUACUAGGAGAGAAUUACAGUAAAGGAAUCAUGCAUGUUAAACAUCUUACUAAAUUUAAGGCAUCAGAAGCUCAGACAUUAGAAAUGGCCAAAAUGUCAAAGUUUGGAGGUGGUAUUGGUGCACCUACCAGGGAGGAACAUUUAAAAGAGUCUGCUAAGAUACAUAUGCAAUUAGGAAAUAUACAAAGAUAUUGUGAAGUUCUUGUAGAACUAGGACAGUGGGAAAAGGCCUUAGCUGUAUCACCAGGUGUUUCAUUAGAGUAUUGGAAAUCAUUAACUAAAAGGUAUGCAUUAAGGUUGAUCAAAGAUGAAAGUGAUGAGGUUGUACCAUUUGGUGUUGCUGUAGGUGAUACUGAACUCUUAAUUAGUAAUUUCACCACUAGAGGGCAGUUGUUUGAGGCAGUAUUGACAGCCCAGGUUGCUUGUGAAGGAACAUUUAUACCUCAGCAGAAUUCCUCCUCUUCACCAGGGACACCUAAUGGUACUGAUGCACCUACUAAACAGGAAGAUAAGUUAUUAAAAAACUGUGUACAAAGACUAGCUGACUGGUAUUUCUAUAAUGGAUCUCCUAUAUUAUCUGCUUGUUGUUACUUGUCUAAAGAUGAUGUCAAGGGUGCAAUAGGAAUACUCAUUAGAGGUCAUGAGCUUGAACUUGCAGUUGCUAUGGGAACAGUUUUAGGAAAUGUUUCAGAGCAGACAUAUUUAGCAAUAGAAUAUUUAUCAAGAAGAUGUGAACAUCAUAGCAAAUGGGAACUGGCUAUAGAUUUAUUAAAACUAAUACCUGACAACAGUUUACCAUUGGCCAAAUGUUGUUCACGAUGUUCUGCAAGUAAAGAUGAGAUUAACAGUCUCCAUAAGAGGGCUGGGCUUCCUUCCACAGAAGGUUGUUUAACAGAAGCUGAGAAGCUUAAAAAUGUCAUAAACUGUUUUGAAUGUGCCAAGUAUUAUUUAUUAUCUCCUAGUCCUGAAAUUGGUUUAAAUAUUGGUCUCCAGGAUGUUAAAAAAAAAUUAUCUUCAGGUUACUGGGAUAUAGAUGAAGUAUUUUCAGUAUUACAGCUGAUCUCAUGUAUUAGGUCAGAUAAACUAGAACAAAAUAAUGAGCUGAGAUAUGAAGUAUUAUGUUUAUGUUCUUAUAUUGGUGCACUAAUGGCCAUCAGAAAAGGAUAUGAUCAGAUUGUACUGUUUUUGUUGUCUUUAGCAAGAACUUUGAUGCAGAGACAUAACCUCACUCUACCUAUAACAGACCAGAUGAUAGAGAAAGAACAGAAAGCAUGGAAUGUUAUACUAAAUCAUAAGGACGAAAGGAGUUUGACAUUUGAGAUAGAUGUAACAAGUUUGAAUGUAUCACCAGAUAUCCUGACAGACUUCCAAAAUCUGGUUAAGAAAGCUGGUGUGGAGAAAAGUUUAGUAGGAGUUGGACCUGACCUGGUAGCCAGUUCACAUCUACCCUCUCACUCUGAUGUACAUAUAUCUGUGAUAACAGGAACCAGAAUUAUGGGUUUGGCGUACUUCUUGGAAGAUGGUAAAUCAGCAGUAUCUCCCAACGAAGCAUUGAUGUGGGCUAAAGUCAACCCAUUCUCCCCUACGGGAUCUGGACUCAGAAUUAACCCAUUCUGAUUUUACUGGACUGAGGAUUUACCCAUUCUGAUACUACUGGACUGAGGAUUAACCCAUUCUGAUUCUACUGGAAUGAGGAUUAACCCAUUCUGAUUCUACUGGAAUGAGGAUUAACCCAUUCUGAUUCUACUGGGCUGAGGAUUAACCCAUUCUGAUUCUACUGAA